AUGUCCAAAUUUCCAGCCAUUUUGAACGCCACAGAAGAGGAUAUCCAACUCCUCCUGGCGGCACAAUGUCAUAUCGGUGCCAAAAACUUAAAUGUUCAAAUGACUCCUUAUGUCUUUAAACGUCGUGCUGACGGCGUUCAUAUAAUUAAUAUUGGCAAGACAUGGGAAAAAUUGAUUUUCGCUGCCCGUAUUAUUACUGCCAUUGAAAAUCCUGCAGAUGUUGUAAUAAUUUCAGUUCGUCCAUUUGGUCAUCGUGCUGUAUUAAAAUAUGCUUCGUACACCGGUGCACAUCCUAUUGCUGGUCGAUUUACUCCUGGAACUUUUACGAAUUAUAUUACUAGAUCUUUCAAAGAGCCUCGCUUGAUUGUUGUGACAGACCCGAGGACUGAUCAUCAAGCCAUCAAGGAAGCGUCUUAUGUUAACAUUCCCGUUAUUGCAUUAGCUGAUACGGAUUCUCCUCUUCGUUUUGUUGACGUUGCAAUUCCAACCAAUAAUAAGGCCAAGCAUUCAAUUGGUUUAAUUUAUUGGUUGUUGGCUCGUGAAGUGCUUCGUCUUCGAGGUACCAUUGCAAGAGACUCUCCGUGGGAUGUUAUGGUUGAUAUGUUCUUUUACCGUGAUCCAGAAGAAACAGAGAAAGAAGCAGAGACCGCACCUGUCUUGGGAGAGAAGAGUGGAGUCACUCCAUUUAUGGAUACUAGUUGGGAGCAACAAGAAGCACCUACUGAUUGGGAUGCGUCUGGCAUAACAGCACCUGGUGGUGUUAAUCCUUCUGUUGCCAUGGUUGCUACUGCUAAUCCAGUAACUACCGGUGAUUCAAAUUGGGAUACACAAGAAGUUGUAGAACCUAGUGGAUGGGGCGAGAGUACUUUCGAUUCUUCAUAUGGAGAGACUGCUACUGGUUUUACCGAACCUACCGAGACUACUACAACAUUUGAAGGUGCACCUUUUGGUGGUGACCCUAGUGGUAAUUGGGCGGAUGAACCAACAGAAAAUGUUAAUCAGGGAGAAGGCUGGGAUUAA